CGUUGCUCGGUUUGUCUCGACUCGCGGUGUUGACGAAAGCAAAAACGGAAUGAUUACGUAAAUCUUCAGUCAGGCGAAAAAUCCUGUCUCCGGACUCGGGCGCAGCUCUUCGCGGUCGGAACGAACCGGACUUAAGCGAUUUCGCGUCUCGGAAGCCCUGCUUCUCCCGCACAGGAUGGGGUCGUUUUUCACGACUACUUAAGUCCGCCGUCGCCCACACUGCCGCAACGCAUCAGACAAGACACACAAUGGCGAUAGUCAAACCGCUUGUUUACCUUAUAGUUGGUAGCACCCGUGUCGGGCGUGUGGGACCGACUAUCGCGACCUGGGUCAAGGAUACGGCUGAGUCCAUUACCUCAGCUAUCGACUUCAAGAUCCUUGACCUUAUGGACUUCGACCUUCCCCUGCAUUCAAUUGAACCCCAUAUCCCCAUCACGGGAAAGUACACCCAGCCCGAGACCAUCAGAUGGAGCAAUACGAUCAAGAACGCGCAGGGCUACAUCUUCAUCACGCCCAUAUACAACGGCUCGUUUCCCGGCGUGCUCAAGCUCUACAUCGACUACUUGAAAAAGGAGUGGGCAGGAAAGCCAACCGGAAUCGUGUCCUACUCUCACAAAGGUGGUAGUCGUGCUGCGACCGCACUGGCGUCGGUCAUGCAGGGUAGCUUGCAGGCGAAGGUCAUUGAUCCUCCCGUCUUGAUGAUGUUCGAGGACGCGGUUGACAAGGACAACAUGGCGACCGAGAUCGAGGGAUUCAGCACCCGCCAGAAGGAACUGUUGAAGCUCAUUGGGACGAUGUGCAAGCACUUUGAGAUUGAGCCGUCGACCAAAUAGUCGUCGGAUGAGUGCUAGUGUGGACUUUGUAUAAGCCACGGAUAGACUUUAGAAUGUUUAGUAGCAUGCAUACUGUCGGGGCAUUAUAGUUAGAGAUAAUCAUCGGUCUAAAUAUCAAAGUACGGAUAAGUAGCUGCGAUAACCAAUCGCUAUUCUCGCUGCGAAUAGAAUGACGUACACGCUGUUCUAGAAGCC